AUGUCCGCCCUCGAAGAAGCUAAGCGCGCUGCCGCCAAGGUCGCCGUUGACAAGCACUACCCCAAGGAUGCCCGCUGGGUCGGUAUUGGCAGUGGUACAACGAUCGUGUACGUCGUCGAGGCGAUCAAGGCCCUCGGCGUUGACACUUCUGCCACCAAGUACAUCCCCACUGGUUACCAGUCCAAGCAGGUGAUUAUCAAUGCGGGAUUCACUGCUGUGGAAUUCGAUGCCAUCCCCCAGGGCACUAUUCUCGACGUGGCCUUCGACGGCGCGGACGAGGUUGACGAGGAUAUGAACUGCAUCAAGGGCGGCGGUGCAUGCUUGUUCCAGGAGAAGAUCGUCGCCAUGCAGGCGAAGGAGUUUAUCUGUGUUGCAGACCACCGCAAGCUUCAACCCCGUCUCCUCACAAACUGGAAAUCGAUCCCCAUCGAGGUCGCUCCGAUCGCUGCCCACCGCGUUAUCACCAAGCUGAAGGAGCUUGGCAGUAUCAACCCCGCCAUCCGCCCCUCUGCAACUGCCAAGGAGGGUCCUCUCAAGACCGAUCAGGGCUUCUUCCUCAUUGAUGCUCCCUUCAAGCCCUUGUUGAUCAAGGCUGAUAUUGAGGCUGGCCAGAGCGGGAACGGCGAGGAUGGUGUGUGGGCGGUUGAGGUGUUGGCUCGUAAGAUCAAUGAGAUCUCGGGUGUUCUUGAGGUCGGUAUCUUCAGUGGUUUGACCGGACCUCAAGCUACUGCUGCCGGCGGUAUUGGUGGUCAGCGACCCGUUGCGGCCUACUUCGGUAUGGCUGAUGGGUCAGUCGCUGUCCGCAAGGCCGAGUAA